AAAAAAAUUGAGGCCUCAGGUAGCCUAGUUGUUUUGGAAAUGGUAGCUGGUCAACCAGAUACUAUGUUCCCCAAACCAGGUUAAAUGACCAGACCUAGGUUUAAAAUUGAUGUGUGGACUUUCGUUUUCAUUUUAUCCACAAAGGCUCCAGCAUGGGAGGGGCAGUUCAUGGAUUAUGAGAUUCACAUUGUGACAAAAUUCCGGUCCGUUAUUCAGCCAUUGAUUCCCAUUGUUGUGAGUACAACGUCGUCUAUGUCGUUUUGUUCUUUGAUUAUACACAAGAAAACGUUCGUUUUACCCAGUGUUUACGCUCUAGACGUCACAGGCCUAGCAGUGUCGUGGUUACGAGUUAAACCACCAAGAGGUACUAGGCUUUUUUCAUUUACCUAAGGCAGGGCUUGGAAGGGCUGUAGGCGCGUCUCAAAUUACAACAUCCGCACGGAACGAGGUAUUGAAGUGGCAGAGCUGAGCUAUGGCGUCCACCGUCCCGGUUCUUCUGCUCCUCUCUGCGGUUUUAUUCACGGCGACAUUCGCUGACGAUGACUGCAAGACCUACAUCUCCAGCACUGGUGUGCUGAAGCCCUCCAUUGACUGUAGGUUUUUGCAAUUCUGUUGUGGGACGUGUGACAACAGAUACUGCUGCUCCAAUCCUGUCAUGAGGCUAUCUGAGGAUGAACAAGACGACUGUUUUUUCAAUAAUGAUAAGUCUCUCAUUGUCGGUGUGACCAUAGCGGCAGCUGUGGUCUUCAUCGUAAUUUUCAUCAUCUGCUGCGUCUGCCCCUGCUGCUGCAUCUAUAAAAUGUGCAGAAAACCCAGACCUGUAGCAACAACAACAACGACAGUCGUAACCACACAGUACCCUCAGCAGCCUGUCGUUCAGGGAGGUCAGUACCCACCGUACCAGCCUAUGCCAACCCAGCCCGGGUACGGCAGUGCACCAGCUUAUGGAGGACAACCUAUGCCAACGGGACCAUAUCAGGGCCAGCCAUAUGCAGCGGGACCACCACCCCCAUAUCAGGAGGCUGGAGGCCCAGGAUAUCCUGUUCCCUACAGCCAGGCUGCAUAUGACGGCGGGCGGGCUGCGUACCCCAUGCAACCACCAGUUCAGCCCGGAUUCGCUCAACCGCCCCCACCAACAGACUACAGCUCGACUCAACCGGCUUACAACCCCGCUUACGUGGAGCCACCAAAGACCGGCUACUAAACCACAACCUGAAUUGUUGAUGGUUACGUAGUUUUAUCCUACAAUUGCGCAAUGUACAUCUACUGUGGACAGCAUCCUCCAAUCGGGUCGGGAAUGAUCGGUGUUUGUAUUGUCGCUUUAAAGUCUUUGCGUGUGCCAGCAUCGUUUUUCUUUACACUUAAUUUUAUAUAUAUAAAUAUAUUUUUAUCUACUCCAGCCAUUGUGUGACUCCAAGCCAUAUAAUGUUUUCGUUUUGUUUAUCUCCACUAAGCAAAAGGGAAUAUGCUUUUCCAGCCUCAGAACUGACAUGUUUUGUCUUGAAAUGCCGCUAGACGCCUUAAAACCCGCCAGCUUUAUUUCAUCCUGGGAAUUUGCACAAAACGUCGACACUUUAUCAGUUGGUGCAUUGGAACGACGCCAGCAUGCUGUUUAGGUGUUUUUACGACUUGCGUAGCAUUCAAGUUUAUGCAUUUGUGAAUGUUUGUAACUGUUCUCGUGCACAGAGAUCUAGAAAAUGCCUUAUUUAAUACAUCUUAUGCAGCAGAUUACACAUGGACACCUUAAACACAAUGUUCCCACCAUGUGUUUGGAUAAACUGAUGGAAUUUGGGUUUUAGAAAUCCCACGUUUAUGAAGGAGGCGUCAGCAUGUUUUAUUUCCCUUGUGAACUCUUUCCUUGGGGGUCUGAAAAGUAUUUGAAUAUCGCUGUGUGAGGAAGAAUGGGCAUAAUUCGGUCCUGACUGGAAGCCAAAUGACUUUAAUUAAUGUGAAACACUCAUUUUGAAACAAUAGAAGUCACUCAAGUUCAGAAAGAGGGUGAAAUUGUAAGGUGUUUGUUUGAGUUCUUUGUUUGGUUCUCUGGAAAAUGCUGCGACACGCUCGUAUGUGUUAAGUCAUAUGUUUUCAAUCCCUCUCUCUGUACAAUCUUCCACAGAUUUCUGGGUGUGUCAGGUUACAUUUUUGAGAUGUUCUUGGUUUAUUAACUGUAUUGUGUGUUAAAACUGAUCAGUGUUUUAUGUUCAAAUGUUUAUAUAUUCAAGCAUCUCCAUGUUUGCAACCGCAAAUAAAAAGAUAUUGUGCUGGAA